AUGCUCUCGAACGACCAGCUAGUCAGCGUGAUCCUUUGUGCGGUCUUUGCCUUCGCCGAUAUCUUUAUCAUGGGAUUGCGCUUGACCAUGCGUAAGCUUCAGAAACAGUCGCUGCAUUCAAGCGACUACCUGACGAUGAUUGCCGUCAUUUGUGUCCUAGCUCGAGUGGGAUUCAUAACCGUUAUGGUCCUCUGGGGCAAUAACAAUAAUAUAGGGCCAGAUUAUCAUUUCACAGAUACUGAGGUAUACCAGCGUGAGGUGGGGAGCAAACUUACUCUUGCCGACCGACUAGUAUAUAACACAUAUAUCUGGAUACAGAAGUUGCAUGCUUCGUCGAUUGUCACCCUAUACAACUCUACUGGCAAGUGGUACCAAGCCCUGGUGAGUUUCGUUCCCUCCUUCCAGUAUUACGGGGCGGUAUCUGAUAGCUGCAAAAAUAAAGGCUCCUGCACCAACGCCCAAAUUCAACUGCUUACUUUCGUAUCCCUCAACCUGACCACCGAUGUGAUGCUUCUUGUAUUUCCGAUGCCUUGGAUUUUCACCCUUAAACAAUGCACUUUGAAGCGCCGGCUUCAAAUAAUUGGCCUCUUCUCCAUCGGCAUCCUCCUUAUCAUCAUUGCUGUCGUGCGUCUUCCGGUGUACAGUCACGGCACUUCGCAAGUCCGCCGCGACAUCUGGGGAUCCAUUGAGCAAUUCGGUGCGGCCUUGGUGGCCAACCUUCCAACAAUAUAUGGUCUUCGCCAGAAGAAACUCACGCCGAGCAAUGUCACAUUCGUGGCUAAUCAAUCACUCGAUCGUUCAUGGCCCAGAAGUGCCACGCACCUUAAUCCGAUAUCAGAAAUCAGUCUAGUCAAUUGGUCGCAUGCUGCAGAGGCAUCUGGGCAUAAAUCAUGUGACGAUGAUUGCGAAACAGCUAGUCGAGCAGUAGAAUCACAUUACUCGAGCAGACGACAAUCCGUAUCGGCGCCAUCGUGCAUGGUCGCGUCGCGAAGCUACACACCAUCUUCUGGUACCUGUUUCCCCACAUCAGCAUUCACGUUGCACGACUGGAGACGUCCCACGACCUGUGGAGUGAACACGAAGAACGGCGACCGGGGCAUGGAGCUCGCCACGUUUUGCGAGCCGUUCGCGCAGCUGCGCGAAACGAAAGGUGAUCUUUCCACCAGCGCGCAUGAGCUUGUUGACCGCGUGCAAUUGCUGGUGCAUCCACUGAAUGCCACGCCCCUUGAUCAAUCGGCGACAAGGCUCACGUUGAGAUCUUAUUGA